CAUAGAGACCGUCGCAGAAACUGAGAAACGAGUCAGAACGCCUUGGGACCUCAACAGGACUUCGAACUGCAGAGAUUAUUUCUCUUUAUUCAGAAGCAUAGAGUUGUUUUCUGAUUGCAAGAAGAUGUAUCUUUGGCUCUUUCUGAUUGUGUCAGCCCUGAUUUCUUCGACAAAUGCAGAUACUGAUGUAUCAGUGGAAAUCUGCAAUGUGUGCUCCUGCGUAUCAGUAGAAAAUGUGCUCUAUGUCAACUGUGAAAAGGUUUCAGUCUACAGGCCAAACCAGCUGAAACCACCUUGGUCUCAUUUUUAUCAUCUUAAUUUCCAAAACAAUUUUUUAAAUAUCCUCUAUCCAAAUACAUUCGUGAAUUUUUCACAUGCAGUAUCUCUGCAUCUGGGAAAUAAUAAACUGCAGAACAUUGAGGGAGGAGCCUUUCUCGGGCUCAAUGCAUUAAAGCAGUUGCACUUGAACAACAAUGAAUUAAAGAUUCUCCGAGCUGACACUUUCCUUGGCAUAGAGAACUUGGAGUAUCUCCAGGCUGACUACAAUUUAAUCAAGUAUAUUGAACGAGGAGCCUUCAAUAAGCUCCACAAACUGAAAGUUCUCAUUCUUAAUGACAAUCUCAUUUCAUUCCUUCCUGAUAAUAUUUUUCGAUUCGCAUCUUUAACCCAUUUGGAUAUACGAGGAAACAGAAUCCAGAAACUCCCCUAUAUUGGAGUUCUUGAACAUAUUGGCCGGGUUGUUGAACUGCAGCUGGAAGAUAACCCUUGGAACUGUAGCUGUGAUUUGUUGCCUCUAAAGGCUUGGUUGGAGAAUAUGCCAUAUAACAUUUACAUAGGAGAGGCUAUCUGUGAAACUCCCAGUGACUUAUAUGGAAGGCUUUUAAAGGAAACCAACAAGCAAGAAUUAUGUCCCAUGGGUACAGGAAGUGACUUUGAUGUACGCAUUCUGCCUCCAUCUCAACUGGAAAAUGGCUACACCACUCCCAAUGGUUACACUACUCAAACAACUUUGCACAGAUUAGUGACAAAACCACCCAAAACAACAAAUCCUUCCAAAAUCUCGGGAAUUGUGGCAGGCAAAGCCCUCUCCAACCGAAAUCUCAGUCAGAUUGUGUCAUACCAAACAAGAGUGCCUCCUCUUACACCUUGCCCGGCACCUUGUUUUUGCAAAACACAUCCUUCUGAUUUGGGAUUGAGUGUGAAUUGCCAAGAGAAAAAUAUACAGUCCAUGUCUGAACUGACACCAAAACCUUUAAAUGCCAAGAAGUUGCAUGUAAAUGGCAAUAACAUUAAAGAUGUGGACAUUUCAGACUUCACUGAGUUUGAAGGACUGGAUUUGCUCCAUUUAGGCAGCAAUCAGAUUAUGGUGAUCAAAGGAGAAGUAUUCCACAAUCUUACUAAUCUACGCAGGCUUUAUCUUAAUGGCAAUCAGAUUGAAAGGCUGUACCCUGAAAUAUUUUCAGGCCUUCAUAACCUGCAGUAUCUGUAUUUGGAAUACAACUUAAUUAAGGAAAUCUUAGCAGGCACCUUUGACUCCAUGCCUAAUUUGCAGCUACUGUACUUGAACAAUAAUCUCUUAAAGAGCCUGCCAGUUUACAUUUUUUCUGGAGCACCACUUGCUAGACUGAACCUGAGGAACAACAAAUUCAUGUACCUACCUGUCAGCGGAGUCCUAGAUCAGUUGCAGUCUCUUACACAAAUUGAUUUGGAAGGCAAUCCUUGGGACUGCACUUGUGACUUGGUAGCAUUAAAGCUGUGGUUGGAGAAGUUAAAUGAUGGCAUUGUUGUGAAAGAACUAAAAUGUGAGACUCCUGUACAGUUUGCCAACAUUGAAUUGAAGUCCCUCAAAAAUGAAAUCUUAUGUCCUAAACUCCUAAACAAGCCAUCUGCACCAUUCACAAGCCCUGCACCUGCAAUUACGUUCACCACUCCAUUGGGUCCUAUUAGAAGUCCUCCUGGGGGCCCAGUGCCUCUGUCUAUUUUAAUCUUAAGUAUCUUGGUGGUUCUUAUUUUAACUGUUUUUGUUGCAUUUUGCCUUCUUGUUUUUGUGCUAAGACGCAACAAGAAACCCACAGUGAAGCACGAAGGUCUGGGGAAUCCUGAAUGUGGCUCCAUGCAGCUGCAACUAAGGAAGCAUGACCACAAAACCAAUAAAAAAGAUGGACUGAGCACAGAAGCAUUCAUUCCACAAACCAUAGAACAGAUGAGCAAAAAUCACACCUGUGGCCUCAAAGAACCUGAAAUUGGGUUCAUGUUUUCAGAUCCUUUGGGACAGAAGAUCAUGACAAGAAAUGCUGCUGACAAAGACAAAGAUUUAUUGCAUGUAGAUACCAGAAAGAGACUGAGCACAAUUGAUGAGCUGGAUGAACUAUUCCCUAGCAGAGAUUCCAAUGUGUUUAUUCAGAAUUUUCUUGAAAGCAAAAAGGAGUAUAACAGCAUUGGUGUCAGCGGCUUUGAAAUUCGCUAUCCAGAAAAACAACAAGAUAAAAAAAACAAGAAGUCACUGAUAGGUGGUAACCACAGUAAAAUUGUUGUGGAACAAAGGAAGAGUGAGUAUUUUGAACUGAAGGCAAAACUUCAGAGUUCCCCUGACUACCUACAGGUUCUCGAAGAGCAAACAGCUUUGAAUAAGAUAUAGGUCAUAUAAUCUGACUUCAUACAGAGGACAUUAUUUAAUGAUGAAAGUGCCUUUUGUUGACUUCUAAUUUCCAAAUAAUAUAUUAUCAUUAGGCAUAGAGACAGGUGUUUCCAAGGGUAUCUCAUUAACUGUAGCUGUAAAGAUGUGUCAAGUAAAAAAGAAUUUCCUUAAUAGAUUUUACUACAUAAAACCUAUACUGUGGAGUCCUGUGGGGUUACUGCAAACUCUAUUGCCAAAGGGAUGCUUUAUAAACAUAAUACACUGAAUUUAACCUCAAGAGGCAAAUCCGUUUUGUACCCUGAUGCAAAACCUUCGUCGCUUUGUGCUUUUAAAGCAAACUCAAGAAAACUGGUACCAGUGUUUGUACCUCAGCUGGGUUCUUCAUCUUGCACGUAGAUUAAGUCGAUGAAACUGGAAUAACCCUUUUGAUUUGUGGCAUUGUAACAACUCUGUGUAAAGAUUAUUUGAAAAGUGUGAAAAACAAAUAAGCAUGCAAAGAGAGAACAUUUGAUAGUAUUUGUAAAUCGGUAAAAUUUAUGGCCUGCAUCUUGAAAACACUGGAUUUGUAAUGUUAAAUUGUGGAAAUACUUGUUUAAAAUAUACCAUGCAUUACAUAACUAUAAAAUAAAUUCGA